CACAGCGCUGGACGUAUCGGUAUGGCAAGGGUAUCUACUGGGCUUCUUGGUGUGGGAUUCUGCUUAGCUUUGCUCAGCUGCAGAGGUACAGAUAGAAUUAUGGCAAUACACCUCAUAGAACCUCAAGGAAAACAUAUUUCCCUUCUCUGUAAUACAUCUGGUAACCUAAGUAAUAUCAAAUGGGAAAAGGAGGAAACCCUGAUUUUUGCAUAUAGUCCACAAAUACUAGAAACAAAAACAAACUUCACCUCAGACAGGAUGAGCAUUGAUCCUGCCACUCCAACAAUGCUACUUAUAUCAAAUGUGCAGGAGUCUGAUGAGGGAAUAUACACAUGUCAUAUAACAACUGUGGAAGUACCAUUUAAAACACAAACAUGGAACCUGACCGUUUAUCCAGAUGACAACCUCCCACCACAGCAACACAUCUACAUAAUAAUUUUUACCUCAGUAGGAAUAUUCAUCAUUCUCAUCAGCUGUGGAAUAUUAUGUAUUUAUCGGAUAAAGAAAAAGCAGAAUGCAUCUACUCUCCAGCAGCCCAAUGAAAGCAGAACUCCUGAACACCUUGACCAAAGACAAGACCAGAGGAUUAGAAGACACCAGAGCAGCCAGUACUUUGAGAGAUAUAACUCCGUAUAUGGCCAGCUCUGA